UACACAUUUACCUAUGUAACAAAACUGCACAUCCUGCACAUGUACCCCAGAACUUAAAUUUAAAAAAAUAACAACUGUUGCUUGAAGAACAGUCAUUUGAGGAAUACUAUUCUUUAUAUGCUUUUGUUUGAAAACGCCACCUCUCAUCUGAAAUUUAACAAUGGCUGGUGAAGUCAAGUCUCCUAAUGGUUGCUGUGCCAUGAUUGAUGGCUUAGAAUACUUGCCACGUUAACUUUUAGGGGUAGUAACUUGACUGAAACACCUUUCUCCACAGCCUAGUCCUCAGUCCCACAGGGGCAAGAUUUCUGUUUUGUUAUUGAACCGAGAAAUGCUGACUCUCAGUAACAUUUGCUUCAAUACUUUUUUUUGGUUUUCUUACAUAACAUAUAAAGAAAAAUACGAGAAGCAGGUUAAAUUUUGCACUUUCUGAAAUAAAACAUAUAUAUGUGUGUAUAUAUAUAUGUUUGUAUAUUAUAUAUGUAUUCUUUAAGUUCUGGGGUACAUGUGCAGGAUGUGCAGAUUUCUUAUAUAGGUAAACCUGUGCCAUAGUGGUUUGCUGCACCUAUCAUCCCAUCGCCUAGGCAUUAAGCCCAGAAUGCAUUAUAUAUUUUUUCUGAUGCUCUUCCUCCCCCCAGACUCCCAAUAGGCCCCAGUGUGUGUUGUUCCUCUCCCUGUGUCUAUGUUAAAAUGUACAUCUUUUAAUAUGACUGCUAAAAAUGAUAAUUUCAAAGUCUCUAAUAUUCUCAAGCAUCCUUCAUCUCCAUCAGAGGGUGAAGGAGUAUGAGCUCUGAGAACCAGAGCAGUGUGUCCGAGUUCCUCCUCCUGGGCCUCCCCAUCCGGCCAGAGCAGGAGGCCAUGUUCUUCGCCCUGUUCCUGACCACAGUGCUGUACCCGAACAAGGUGCUGGGGAACCUGCUCAUCAUUCUGCUCAUCUGGCUGGACUCUAACCUUCACACCCCUAUGUAUUUCUUUCUUAGCCACUUGGCCCUCACUGACGUCUCCUUUUCAUCUGUCACUGUCCCUAAGAUGCUGAUGGACAUGUGGACUAAGUACAAAUCGAUCCUUUAUGAGGAAUGCAUUUCUCAGAUGUAUUUUUAAAUAUUUUUUACUGACCUGGACAGCUUCCUUAUUACAUCAAUGGCGUAUGACCAAUAUGCUGCCAUAUGUCACCCUCUCCAUUACACUGCCAUCAUGAGGGAAAAGCUCUGUGUCUUCUUAGUGGCUGUAUCUUGGAUUCUGUCUUGUGCCAGCUCCCUCUCUCACACCCUUCUCCUGACUCAGCUGCCUUUCUGUGCUGCGAACACCAUCCCCCACAUCUUCUGUGACCUUGCUGCCCUGCUCAAGCUGUCCUGGUCAGAUAUCUUCCUCAAUGAGCUGAUCAUGUUCACAGUAGGGGUGGUGGUCAUUACCCUGCCAUUCAUGUGUAUCCUGGUAUCAUAUGGCUACAUUGGGGCCACCAUCCUGAGGGUCCCUUCAACCAAAGGGAUCCACAAAGCAUUGUCCACACGUGCCUCCCGUCUCUCUGUGGUUUCUCUCUAUUAUGGGUCAAUAUUUGGCCAGUAACAUUUCCCAACUGUAAGCAGUUCUAUUGACAAGGAUGUUACUGUGGCUCUCAUGUACAUGGUGGUCACACCCAAGUUGAACCCCUUUAUCUACAGCCUUAGGAACAGGGACGUGAAAGAGGCCCUUGGGAAGCUCUUCAGUAGAGCAACAUUUUUCUCUUGGUGA